CGGCUUCUCGCGCCUUUUCGAAAAACUAGCGCACACGCGGAUCGUCCAAGUUCCAACGCAGCAUCGCAGUUUCACGAGGGAAUUCGCCUAGUCGAGACACAAAGGGCAUGAACUAAAUUGAAAAUCUCAACUAAUAUAAACAGUCGUCUUGAAUCCAAGAAAAUAUGCCGAAGGUGAAUACGCUGUUCAACUAUUUCACCUCGCCGAAGGGAGCCUCACCGAGAUCGAACAACUCCUCACCGGCGCCGAAGCCCAGGGCGUCCAAGGCGAAAUCCGAGACUCCGAAGAGGGAACAAAAGAACAAAGAUACUAAGAGAGGCAAAGGCAAAGACAAGGAGAACGUUCGAGAGAAUCAAGAGAGAAAAAGGUCUUUGGAUGAUCUCGAUGACGAUGAGGAACCAAAGGAGAGCGAGGAAGCUGUUACACCGAAGCCUACUCCCAAGAGAAGGAGAAUCAUCAUUCCAGAAGAUAAUAGUGAGGAUUCCGGUGAUGAAUACAAGCCUGAUGAGUCCGCUGAAUCUGAAGAGGAUUUGGAUCUUUCAGUGGUCAGCGAAAGUGAACCCAAUACUGCUUCGGAAGAUGAGGAUGAAACACCAAAGAAAAAACAGAAAAUGUCCAAUAUUAAGACACCAUCCAGAAGAGGUGGUGGUGCUAAAAAGUCAAUCGCUAAAAAAGAUUCAGGAACUGGUCAAGAGCAACCCACUGGAAAAGCAUCAGACACACAGGAUUGGCCCCAUUUAAAGUAUGAAUUUUUGCAGAAAGAUAAGAUCAGAGAUAACAAAAAACGUCGAUCCACUGACCCUGAUUAUGAUCCAAGAACUGUCUAUGUGCCUCCAGACUUUUUGGAUAAGCAAACACCUGCCAUGCGUCAGUGGUGGGUUUUGAAAUCUGAUCAUUAUGACUGCGUAUUAUUCUUCAAAGUGGGCAAAUUUUAUGAAUUGUACCACAUGGAUGCUGUGACUGGAGUCAAUGAGCUCAGUUUAACAUUCAUGAGAGGAGAAUUCGCGCAUUCUGGCUUUCCAGAAAUUGCUUAUGGACGAUUUUCUGCAAGUCUAAUUGAAAGAGGUUACAAGGUUGCAAGAAUUGAACAAACAGAAAAUCCAGAAAUGAUGAGUCAACGAUGCGCUAAAAUGGGCAAAACGACUAAAUUUGACAAAGUCGUUAAAAGAGAGAUUUGUCAGAUCAGUACCAAGGGAACAAGAGUCUAUACUGCCCAAGAUGCUGAAGCUUCAGCCCCAACGUCUACGUACUUGCUGUCUAUCAUUGAAAAACAGGAGCGUAAUCAAAAUAUAUCAAGUUAUGGAGUCUGUUUCAUUGAUACAACCAUUGGAGAUUUCAAUCUUGGUCAGUUUCAAGAUGAUCGCUGCAACUCGAGACUAUUAACGCUACUUGCUCAUUAUCCUCCCGCUCACGUUAUUUAUGAGCGUAAUAAUUUAAGUCAAACCACUUUAAAGAUUUUGAACAACUUAUUACCUGGUGCAAUGAAAGAAGCCUUACAGAAAGAAGUUCAAUUUUGGUCAUCCACCAAAGUUUUGAAUGUUCUACACGAGGCUGAUUACUUUAAAAACGAAGAAGAUUCCAGUUUUUCAUGGCCAAAAGGUUUAGAACCAUAUUUAAAUGAUGGAGACAGCUUAGGACUUACGCCUUUGGAAGAAAAGCAAUUAGCAGUUAAUGCUCUUGGUGGAUGUGUGUAUUUACUCAAAAACUAUCAAUUGGAUCAUCAGUUAUUAGCGCAAGGAAGGUUCAAAACUUACGUACCACCCGACUUUUCCGUUAAUGCUGAGAAGUCAGACGGAACCAAGUUGGCUUAUAAUAUGGUUUUGGAUGCCAUGACAAUAACUAAUUUGAGAGUUCUUGGUAAUGAAGGAUCGUUGAUAAAGACAUUAGAUAAUUGCUGCACUGCUUUCGGUAAAAGAUUAUUACGAGAAUGGGUAUGCAGGCCAUCUUGCCGCAAAAGCGUUAUUGUCGAACGACAAAACGCUAUAACUGAAUUGAUAGAUAACCCGGACGUAGUUCAGGAAGUUCGUAGCAAGUUGAGCGGAUUACCGGAUCUCGAAAGAUUGUUGAGCAAAAUUCACGUACAAGGAAAUGCUGCAAAACUACGUAAUCAUCCAGAUGGACGUGCUAUCAUGUUUGAAGGUCCCGCCUACUCCAAGAAAACAAUCGUUGACUUUAUUACAGCACUUAAUGGCUUUGAAGAUAUUUUAAAAUUAAUUAAAAAAUUUUCGAAAUUCACUAAUCCACUCAUCAACAAGUGUACGCAAUUGGAACCAGAAGGCGAUUUCCCAGAGUUGCGAGAAACUUUAGAUCACUUCAAAACGGCGUUCAAUCACGAAGAAGCCAAAAAGGAAGGAUUCAUAGUACCCAAACACGGCGUCGACAGAGAAUAUGACGCUGUUUUGAUGGAACUGGCUGAUAUUAAAAAAGAAUUAGAUUCUUACCUUGAGAAGCAGAGAAAGCAUUUCGGAGUCCAAAUAAAGUUUUGUGGAAACGACAAAAAGAGAUUCCAAAUAGAAGUCCCAGAAAGUCAAAUUAAAAAAGUCGGCAGCGGCUACGAGUUGCAGGGGUCAAGAAAAGGUUUCAAGAGGUAUUACACUGAAGAAUCCAAGGAUCUUCUUGCAAGACAAAUAGCUGCUGAGGAGCAAAAGGAUAAAGUUUUGAAAGACAGUAAUAGGAAAAUCUUUGCCAAAUUCAGCGACCAAUAUGACAAAUGGAGCAAUGCCACCUACAAUAUCGCAGUUCUGGAUUGUUUGAUAUCUCUUGCGGAAUAUGCCCGUACAUGCGUGACGUGCAUUCCCACAAUUUUUGAUGAUACGGAUGAUCAAGGCAUAUUCAUCGAAAUACGGGAGGGCAAACAUCCAUGCAUUGUUUCCGAAAACUUUAUUCCGAAUGACACUGUUAUUGCGACCGCCGAAGCCGCUCCACUCAUAAUUUUGACUGGGCCGAAUAUGGGAGGUAAAUCAACACUGAUGCGGCAAGUUGGUCUCAUUACAAUAAUGGCUCAAAUCGGGUGUCAUGUACCAGCCACUGAUUGCAAUUUAACCCUUGUCGAUCGCAUCUUCACUAGGUUGGGAGCGAAUGACGAUAUUAUGGCAGGCCAGAGUACGUUCCUGGUCGAGUUGAGCGAGACUUCUGCUAUAUUGCAACACGCUACAAAGUACUCUUUAGUUUUGCUGGAUGAACUAGGUCGCGGUACAUCGACUUACGAUGGAACUGCUAUUGCCGCGUCUGUGGUGGAAGCCCUUACCAAAAUACAGUGCAGGACACUUUUCUCCACUCAUUAUCAUACUCUUGUGGAAGAUUACAAGAUGAAUAAAAAUGUUACCCUCGCGCAUAUGGCAUGCAUGGUUGAAAGUGAUGAUGAAGAUCAAAUAAGCGAAGAGAACGUAACGUUCCUUUACAAAUUGAGCGAAGGCGCGUGCCCGAAAUCUUAUGGUUUCAAUGCUGCUAGAUUAGCUGGAGUACCUGCAAGUAUCACUAAGCGCGCUCAAAGUAUUGCGACCAAAUUAGAGGCUGAAGUUAAUCUUCGACAUGCAUUUACUGCUCUUUGUAAAAUUACCGAUAGUACUGCCGUCAAACCGUUGUUUCAAAAAGGCUUUGAGUUUCUUUCAAAGUGUUAGUUCAUAAUUUCUUGCAUGCACUAUAAAAAUUUUCUACCUUAAAAUGUUGUAUGAUAUUUAAACCGUUAUUACAAGUUAAUUAUUUUGUAUGUUAGUAAGAAACUGAAAUUUGCUUGAUGCAAAGUAUACCUUAUAUAGUAUUACGACGAAACCGGUUGGUUCUUAAACAAUAAUCAGUAAAAAAUCAUUUGCCUAAUUUAUACAUCGUAACGUACCGUGUUCUGUUUCAUGUUAUAUAAUCAUUAUUUGUUGAAUAAAUACGUACAUUACUUUUUCUAUAAAAAAAGAACAGUUCUUAUUUCCAUAUAUCUAAGUGUCAAAAUAAAAACCAAUUCCAAUAUUUCCAUAUUUACCAUAUUUGUAUGUACCUAAGAAAAUUGAACAUCAUGAAUGAAAUAUCUAAUGUGUUCUUUUACCAUGGAAUUUUGGAUGCAAUGAUAUGGGUGAAUAUGCGGAUAAAGGAAAAUCAUAGGGUCGAAAUAAAAUAAAAAUAAAACAGAACAAGAAAAUCGUAUCGCUUACAAAAUUUUAUUUAUCAAUACCAUAGUACAAAAAGGCUAUUUCACGAGAAUGUGACGAAACGCGAUGUACAAAUAAAGGACGUAAUAUCUUUUACGCACACGAAAGACAAUUGCAUGAAUUUUUUGUUUUUCUCUGCUCGAAGAAUGUAAAAGCUCAAGGUAAGUCUGUAAACUACAACUUUUCGAGGAGAGACUACCACAAAGUAUAGAAUAUAUUAUAAUAUUUAUGAAGAAAAGAAAAACGUAGGCGUGCUGAUUUUUUGCGUGGUACCGAUAUUAAUAUUAGAUUUCGCGGUGAAAUAAAUAUGGUAACGCAUUGUGCUUUCGCCAUGUUUUGUUGAAGCUAAGUGAAAAAAAUGGUUAGCUUAGAGUGAAAUCAAAAGUUAUAAAGUACCUACAAGAUACGAGAUGAAACUACUUUUUUCAUCUAUCGGGGCUUGUAUGAAUUUUGAUAAAUGUAGAAAAUCGAUUGAAUUUGAAAUGAAUGACAAUCUUAAUAACGAUGCUAGCAAUGAUAGUGAUAAAUGACGAUAAUGAAUGUAGGAUUACUUUUUUUGUCGUUUUCAAUAGUUGUGAAGUAUAGUAGUAUAGUAUUAUGCGAUCUUACACAUUAUUCAUGCUUGUAUAUUGUUCUUUCUCGUCUUCUAUUUACUUGAAUAAACGUUGAAUUAUCGAGUAGUCAGCGAAAGUACACGAUAAAUGAUUGUAAUAAUUAAUUGAUUAAUAAUAAUAAUAA